ACGAUGGGAUUCGGCCCGCUGGAAACCCACCACAGCCGGAUGCGUAUUUUGCUCACGCGCCCAAGUAGUGCACUUAUUUUACUAAUACUGGAUGCCUGUAUUUGGUUACAGCGCACGGAUGUGGUCGAUUUCCACAACCGGGUUCAAGACAUCCCAUCACAAUUCAUCUAUGACGUGUACGACUUUGUGGUGAUUGGUGGCGGAAGUGCCGGCGCGGCCGUAGCCGCGCGUCUUUCCGAAGUGUGUGAUUGGAAUGUAUUGCUGCUGGAGGCUGGUACCGAUGAGACGUUUCUUACCGAUCUCCCGUUUCUGUAUCCGGCGCUGCAGAAGGGACCACUCGACUGGCAGUUUGAAACAGAGCCUAACGAACGCUUCUGCCAAGGCAUGCGCGGUAACCGGUGCAGUUGGCCACGUGGCAAAGUGCUCGGUGGUUCAUCCGUGCUGAAUGCGAUGAUGUAUGUCCGGGGCCAUCCAGAAGAUUACGACGAAUGGGCAAAUCUUGGUAAUGUGGGAUGGGGCUGGCGCGAUGUUCUGCCGUAUUUCGUGAAGAUGGAAAAUGUCCGUGAUCCAAAAAUUGCUGGCAAACCAUAUCAUGGCACGACGGGACCAUUGACGGUGGAACUGUUCCGGAAUUAUACGACUCUACAGGCAAUGUUUAUGAAGGCGGCUCGCGAACUAGGCAUGAAGCUGGCGGACGAAAUUAAUGGUCCUGAUCAGUUGGUGUUUGCACCCCUGCAUGGUUCCAUCCGAGAUGGAUUGCGGUGCAGUACGGCUAAGGCCUAUUUGCGCCCGGUAGCGAACGGUAGGAAGAACUUACACGUCUCGAUGAAUUCGAUGGUGGAGAGAAUACUAAUUGACCCGAAGGAUCGACGUGCUUACGGUGUGCUGUUUCGCAAAGGCAACCGGCGUCAGUUUGUGCUGGUGACGAAGGAGAUCAUCCUUUCGGCCGGUGCACUCAACAGUCCCCAUCUGCUAAUGUUGUCCGGUGUUGGACCGCGAGAUCAGUUACAGCGGCACGGUAUACGCGUGAUCCAUGAAUUGCCCGGUGUUGGACAAAACCUGCAAGAUCAUGUAGCAGCUGGUGGGGGUGUGUUUUUGAUUAAGAAUCCACGCGGAAACACACCACUUUCGGUACGUUUGUUCGAGGUGAACGAUGUAUCAACGGCACGCGAUUUUCUCUUCCACAAUCAGGGCCGGCUGGUUGCGAUGCCGUCCUGUGAGGUGAUGGGUUUCAUUAAUACCAAGUACAACAAACCCGGCAGCCGACGGGGCGAUGUGCAGAUCUUUAUGUCAGCACAAUCGGACAUUUCGGACGGUGGCACCGAGAGUUUGGCUGGAGCUGGUCUUACGUACGAGUAUUAUGCGCGCAAUUUUGAAUCAUGGGUGUACCAUGAUUCAUUUCUGGUGAUGCCACUGUUAAUGCGACCGGAAAGUCGUGGUUGGCUUGAAUUGCCCAGCGCAGAUCCAUACGACAAGAUCAAGAUCUAUCCUAACUAUUUUGCCGUCGAGCGAGAUCUGGACAUAUUGGUCGAGGGACUCAAGUUUGGUGUUCGUGUGGCGGAGACGUCCGUAAUGAGAAGCAUCAACGCAACAUUCAUCUACGAUGCGGAGCAUGGCGAUACGUGCCACGGACUCACCGGUGACGAGUUUUUCAAGUGUCUCAUACAACACUACUCGCAGACUAUUUACCAUCCGUCGGGCACUGCCAAGAUGGGACCCGCCACCGAUCCAAUGGCAGUUGUGGACAGUCAGCUCCGAGUGCACGGUAUAGGUGGGCUACGUGUAGUGGACGCCAGCAUAAUGCCGACGAUAACGACCGGAAAUACGAACGCGCCUACAAUCAUGAUAGCAGAACGGGCAGCCGAUCUGAUAAAGUAUGCGCAUAUGCCGGCAUUGGUGCGCGAAGAGCAUUACCGACAGUGUGACAGCAUCGACUAUCAAUACCAUCCAAAGGGAAGCAAUUCGGUGUCGCGAUUUAAACAUACACCUAAAACAAUGCCUUAAUCCACUAGCGAUGGAUUUAGUUGCGUAGUUAAAGCGGGCUGUUUAAAUUUCAAGCUUUUCACGUAACACAGCAAUGUGACAAAUAUAGACACGGACUUCGUGGCUGAUCAGUGCAAUUUAUAAUUGACUAUGUGAACUACCUCUUUAAUCUAGAUUUGCUAUGCUGACGCCAAAUGUUAAUAAUUCUCAACCGUCGCCCGUUCUUCGAGUUAACCGAUAAGAUUUAUAGGUUGAACUGUUGAUACAAACAUGUAUACUAAACAAUCCGUGUAGGGAAAAAUGUCAAAAACAAAAUUACUCAUCCGUUAAAUUUGAAUCCAAACGAAGACGAACAUUUAUUCAUGUUUUGGACUAUAAUCUUAUGACCGCUGCAUCAAGGUCAAAACAAGCACGUGCGUAUUAGUGAAGGGUCACAAUAUUUCGUUUUGUACUUAAAACAAUUGUUGCCGUGUGUAAUAUGCUGUGUGAAUGCAAGUAAACAUUAAUUGUAUAAGAAUAUGCGAAAAUAUUGUAACCGUAGAUAUUAAAUGAAAUGCCAUGAAAGCAAACAGGGUAAUAACAUUAUUUAAUUCAUUUCGUACACGGUUGCGAAUCAGCAUCAACCUUUUUGGGUUUUGAGAAUUUCAUUGCAAAAUAUGUAAAAAAAAUAAAAUUAAAU